UGCUUUGUUAUCACAAGCACCAACAAUUAUAGCUACCUCAAACAAUACUCCUCAUCUCAAAGCCUCAAACCAUUCCCUUCUAUAUUUCAGCUAACGAGAGAAGAGCACAUAUAUAUGGCUUUUCGUGCCUUCCUCCUUGCCGCGGCCAUCAUGGCUUUGUCAUGCUUUCACGCCAUCGCCUCUGAUCCGAGCCUUCUCCAAGACUUCUGCGUCGUUGACAAGAUGUCUACAGUGCGUGUCAACGGAUUCCCAUGCAAGGAUGCAAAGGAUGUUGUCGCCGAAGAUUUCUUCUUCUCAGGCCUUCACUUGGUUGGUAACACAACCAACAAGCAAGGCUCUGCAGUCACACCAGUCAAUGUCGCUCAGAUCGCUGGGCUGAACACCAUGGGCAUCUCUCUAGCUCGCAUCGACUAUGCACCCUAUGGUCUCAACCCACCUCACACACAUCCGCGUGGCACUGAGAUCCUGACGGUGCUUGAGGGCUCACUCUAUGUCGGUUUUGUGACAUCAAACCCGGACAACAAGCUAUUCAAAAAGGUUCUUAACAAAGGAGAUGUAUUUGUGUUCCCUCAAGGACUAAUCCAUUUCCAGUUCAACUAUGGAACAAACAAUGCCGUUGCUCUUGCAGCAUUGAGUAGUCAGAAUCCUGGGGUGAUAACAGUGGCCAAUACUGUGUUCGGGUCGGAGCCAUCCAUCUCGGAUGAUAUCCUUGCCAAGGCUUUCCAAGUGGACAAGAAUACCAUUGACCGGAUCCAAGCCCAAUUCUAAAACACAAAGCACAUUUGUUAAUUCUUUAAAGUUAAGAUUCUUGUAUUCUUCGGUUGUAUGUUCUGUUCUCUUAAAUCAAUGUUGGUUUCAUGUCUGUCAUCCUGAAGUAAAUAUUAAUCUUUUGUGUUUUAAGUGAAAAUUCUAUAUAUCUUCACUAUUACAGAAAA